AUGGCUGUAGAUCAUUUAUCGGAACUAUGCAAAUACCGAUUUGUCGACAGCAAAUACAGCGACAUCAAGUUACAUCGAACCAAAUGCACGAAUAUUAUUAAAAAUGUUUUGGCACCACACUUCAUUCAAGAAAUUGUGACAGAUUUAGGAGAUCAGGAGUACAGUCUCUUAAUCGAUGAAUCGACAGAUAUAUUGGUACUUAAAAUGCUUGGUGUUUCGAUAAGAUAUUUCAGCCGAUCAUUAAAAAAGAUAAUUUCCACAUUCUUGGGAUUAGUUGAGAUUGAAGACGGAACUGCAGUCAGCAUAGUGAACGGCAUUAAAGGAUUGUUGGCAGAAAUAAAAAUAAAUUUAAAGAAAUUGAUCGGUAUCGGCACGGAUAACGCUUCGGUCAUGACAGGAACUAACAGUGGAGUGCACGCAUUGUUGAAAAAUGCAACUGGUAAUGACAAUUUAGUGUUAGUCCGCUGCGUGUGUCAUUCGUUACAGUUGGCUAUGUCUCAUGCUUCAGCAGAAACCCUAAAAUGUUGA